GUUCUCCCGAAAAGCAACAGAAGCUCAAAAGAUCUUUCUCUAAUCAUAUCAUAUCUCUUCGAUAGCCUCAAAAUUCUCCCUUCUUCUCUCAUCUUCCUCUCCAAGAAAACUCUUUACUUCCCAUGUCUUUGUGAGAUGUUUUGGUCUUGCGUUUGUUGCGUCCUUCUACUCCUAUACAUCAUCUACCUCAUCUUCUCCUUCUUCUACAUCUUCACUCAAGUUCCCCAUGUUCUCCGCGCCUAAAUGGAAGAACAACAUCAACGAGGAGUUCUACGACCUCUCAAGAACACUCGUUCACGUGAAGAAGAGGAACCAACGCGCCAAAAGCGAGACCAUUCUUGCUACUACGGCCUCAGGCAAAACCCCAAGAAGACAACCCACAAAUCUUUCGCGUUAGAAUCUUCAGAACCGAGGAAGAAGAUCUUGUUCCGAUGCGGAGAGUGCGGGAAAGGGUUUCGCUACGAGAAGUGUCUUUCGAACCAUCAAGCGGGGAUGCAUUUAUCGAAGAUACAGAGGGUUUGCGAAGAGUCGAUCAAGAGUCUUUGUGGUAGCUUUAGUCUUGUGAGGAAGAAGAAGAGAUCGAGAGUUUUCAGGUACAAGAAGACUUUGUUUACUACGUUUCUUGGAUCGUCUUCUGUUUUUGGUGAGAGUGAUGAGGAGUUAGAAGUGGCGGAGUGUUUGAUUCUGUUGUCUAAGAGUAGUCCUAAAGAUGUAGUAAACGGAAAGAAGCUUGUUGGUGAAGCAACGGAUGUUACUCCUGAAAGGCUUAAUGGUUACUUGAGAAGCAAGAAAGUGAGGAAAGCUGCUGAAUUUGAAUAUGGGUUUUUGAGUAAUGAACAAAAGCUUCUGGAAGAAGGGGACAGUAACGAGAUCGAUCAACAGCUUGUUGGUGAAGCAAUGGAGGCUGUUCCUGAAACGAUUCAUGGUUACUUGAGAGGCAAGAAACUGAGGAAAGGUGGUGAAUUUGAAUAUGGAUUUUUGAAUAACGAGCACAAGCUUCUGGAAGAAAGGGUUAGUACACUCGAAGCUCCAAAAGAGCCUGCUAGUUUCUUGGGAGGCAGUAGCGAAAUCGAUCAACAGAAACAGAGAAGAGCUUGUGGAUAUGACUCUGUGAUUAGUGGCUACGAAACAUGGAAAGAGGCAGCGAGUUUCUUGGGAGACAAGUUUGAGCUUGGAGUUGGAGCUUUUGAGUGUUCUGAUUCAGAUGAUGAGAUUGUUACUGAAUCAUCUGGUAAAGGGAAUGCUGAGCACCAAUGCAGGCUGUGCAGCAAGGUGUUCUCGUCUUACCAAGCUCUUGGUGGUCACCAGACGUCUCACAGGAUGAGCAGAAGCAAGAGCAAGAAGAGCUGCCGAGAGGAAUCAGUAGAGCUUGAUGAUGAUGCAGCGCAAGUGUAGCAAUCUGCUCAAGGAAGGUUCAUGCUUUAGGUUGUCACAGUAAGUACAACACUCUAAAACAGAGCAUGACGAGGUUAUGCUGAAACUCUGUUUUGAAGUUGUGAAGAGUUAGGUAGUCAAA